GAUCAAUUGACGAUACUAGCGUCAUCGCCACUUUUGUGGGAGUAUAAAAGACCGGCAAAAGAUCGUUAUGCUCAUCAGUUUGCUUUCAGAAUUGUACUUACUUGUAACCAUGAAAUUCAUCGUCGCUUUCUUGGCUGUACUUGCCGUUGGCUCCGUCAGUGCCACCCCACUCUUGGGCUUGAACUUGGGAGGUGUUCUUAACGGUGUAUUGGGAAAUUUGUCAUGCAGCCUUAAUGGACUCGUUGGCAACCUUCAAGACACAAUCAACAAUCUCGUUGGAACCGUUCUUGAAAUCGUAGAACAAUUACUCGCUGCUGUCGCUGCUGCUUUGAACGGUAUCAUUGAUCAAGUCAACGGUCUCGUUGCACUCGAUGGAUGCGGUCUUAACGGUCUUACCGGUACUGUUACUGGUGUUGUUACCGGUCUUAUCGGCAAUAUCGGAGUCACACUUAACGAUGUCAUUGGUCAAGUUCAAUGCAUCCUUGAAAAUGUUACUGGCAGUCUUGAUGACCUCGUCGCCUCACUCGAUGUUGUUCUCAACAGCCUCCUUUGCGCCGUCCAAGAUCUUCUCCAAACCGUCGUUGCAGCCGUCGCCGAACUCCUCUUCAAGGUCAGCAAAGCCGUUGAUGAUGCUUUGGCUCAACUCCAAUUGGCCCUCAAGGCAGUUGUCCAAGUUAUUAGCGACACCCUCGAUUGCCUUCUCGAACAGCUCCAAAACAGCCCACUCGGCUGCGCUUUGGACGGACUUCUUGCACAAGUCUCCGUUAUUGUUGCCGAGCUUUUAUGCGAAGUAGCUAAAGUUGCUGAUAGCGUCGUUGCUAACGUACGUGUCGUUUUACGUAAGCUAGGUGCUGAAUUACAAAACAUCAUUGCCGCCCUUCAAGCUUCAUUGGGCAACCUUGGACUCCAAUGCCCAUGCUAGAUCGAAGAGUUCUCAACUUCUCUUCUCGAUGACCGACCGAGCUUAAUCGAACUUGAACAUGAAAUUAGCUUUUAAGUUAGAAAUAAAUAAUCAAAUUGCAAGAAAGAAAA